AUAAAUUGUCACUUAACGUUUUGGGAUACAAAUAGUUGCGUGUAUUUUUUUCAUUAAAGACAUUUUGGUGAUUUUUAUCAGUUAUUUAAUUCCAUUAAAUUGUAUUUUUCGAUUCACUCGCUUACGAAAGCAACAUUAGUCGCUUGGUCCAUUUGGAAAGACGGAAAAACUGCUGUGUAAUCGAACCAAAUAUCUCUACAAAGUCAUGGACCUGAGGAAUCAUUGUUGAAUUCAACGAUAGAAAUAGAUUUUCAUACAUUUUUCUAAAAAAAAGUUUCAUAACUUUUUCUUGUCGCACUGUAAUUUAAACCGAAGUAGAAGAUGACCGAGUUUCUGCAGCCACCGCCAGCCACAAAUUUCAGUGUGCCUCCACCGUCUGUGCAACAGCAACAGAUGCAUACAUCACCAUCACAACCCAAUCAAUCGCCGUCUGCACCACAUUAUCAAAAUUAUCAGCGUGAACGUCAUUAUCAUGGAGGAUUCUCUGGGAAAAGUUCACAUUUCCGAUCGUAUAACAACUUUCGUGGCCCGAACAACAUGAGCCAAGAUGAUUUCGAUGGCAAACGAUUAAGGAAAAGUGUUAUGCGAAAAACAGUCGACUACAAUUCAUCAAUUGUGCGAGAGUUGGAGAAUCGAAUAUGGCAACGUGACUAUCGUGAUCGUCGUGCCCUGCAACCAGAGAGCAUUUAUGUAUCCGAAAUGCUUCCGCCACCGAGUUACAUGGAUAAUCCGAUCAAUGCAGUGACCACAAGAUUCGUAAAAACGGCUACGAACAAGAUGCGUUGCCCAAUAUUCACAUUAGCAUGGACACCAGAAGGCAGAAGACUCGUAACUGGUGCUAGCUCCGGAGAAUUCACACUUUGGAACGGGCUAACAUUUAAUUUUGAAACGAUUUUACAGGCACACGAUGUACCAGUUCGAACGAUGGUUUGGUCACACAAUGACAACUGGAUGGUUACUGGCGAUCAUGCAGGCUAUGUCAAGUAUUGGCAAUCGAAUAUGAACAACGUGCGAAUGUUUCAAGCUCAUAAAGAACCCGUUCGGGGAAUUAGUUUUAGUCCAUCCGAUAAUAAAUUUGCUACGUGCAGUGAUGAUGGUACGUUGCGUGUGUGGGAUUUUUUGCGAUGCCAAGAAGAGCGUGUGCUUCGAGGUCAUGGUGCUGAUGUGAAAUGUGUUCAUUGGCAUCCACAAAAAGCGCUCAUUGUAUCGGGAAGUAAAGACAAUCAACAGCCGAUUAAAUUGUGGGAUCCAAAAAGUGGACAGGCUCUGGCUACAUUACACGCUCACAAAUCCACAGUGAUGGAUUUGAAAUGGAAUGACAACGGCAAUUGGUUGGUUACAGCGUCACGUGAUCAUUUGCUAAAACUGUUUGAUUUACGGAACUUACGUGAGGAGGUGCAAGUGUUUCGUGGCCAUAAGAAAGAGGCGAGUGCUGUUUCGUGGCAUCCAACUCAUGAGGGUUUAUUCAGUUCGGGCGGGUCAGACGGUUCAAUUUUGUUCUGGAAUGUUGGCACAGACAAAGAAGUUGGAUCAAUCGAUAUGGCCCAUGACAGUAUUGUUUGGACACUAGCGUGGCAUCCACUCGGUCACAUUCUAUGCUCGGGAUCAAACGAUCACACGAUUAAAUUCUGGACUCGAAAUCGUCCUGGAGAUCAAAUGAGAGACAAGUACAAUUUGAACACACUACCGGCUAGUUUACAGGGUCUCGAGGAGUGUGAAAUCGAUGAGCAUAAUAUCACAAUUCCUGGCAUGGGAUUGGAGGACAAGAUUGAUUUCACAGAAAGUUUGAUGGCUGACAAAGGAUUUAUACCCGGUCUAGAUUUGGAUACAAGCAAUUUAGCUGAAAAUAAACGGGAUAAAGAUAAGAAAGUUCCAUAUAGCAAACCGAUCCCACGCAACUUUCAGGCACAGUGGAACGAUACUGGCCUCACAAAUGAUGAUGCCUCAAAGGAGAUUAAGGAUGUUAUCAAUCAAAUUAAUGAAAAUAAAACGGGAGGAAUUUUACUGCCGAAACCAGUGCCAACUGCUAUUGUUGUGUACGGCAAAAUGGUUGAAGUGAAACCUGGAUCAAAAUUGGAGCAAGUGAUAGCAGAUGGAGCAGAGGCAUUAAAUGCCUACAUCGAUUCUGGUCAAGUUGAAGAGUUGUCUGAUUUGAUCCCAACUGAUAGGAGUGAUGAUUCGAACGAUGAGGAUGAAAACGAUUUGAAUGAACCAAAAGAGAAGCGAUCGAAAACGAUCAGGAAUCACAAUGCGCAGGUCAUUCAUAAGAGUCAAGAUGCAAAUACGAUGAUCCCAUCUUUGAUGACAUUAAACGUUCCCAAUGUUGCUGAACCGGAAUCACCAUGGAGCCAUCCACCUCCAACUGAAAACUGGAAUAUGCUGCCAAUGUUCAAUGCCAACGCUCCACCGAGCCUAAUGAAUUUGAACGUUGCACCACCAUUUGAAGAUUCGGCAGGCAAUUGGCAACAGGGCAGAGCUGAUUUCAAUAAUCGACCCAAUAUAAAGCCCGACGCAACAAAGCGACGCAAUAGAGACAGCGAUGGAAACAGAAUUAGCCGCUUCGACAGAGAGAGACCCAGUCGAUUCGAUAAUAAUAAUGACAACGCGAGAAAUAAUCAACGACGAAACAAUAGACGAAUAAGUGUGAAAAUGGCUGAAGAGAAUAAUGAGGACGAUUCGUGGUUAUAUGGUAGUUCGAAUGAAAACCAGGAGAAUCCAGAUGAACAGCCACAAAUAGAAAAUGAAAAAACAAUAACAGAUGAACAAUCAGCGUUGGCAUUUUCAAAUGAAACAGCACCAGAAGACAGCAGAAAUGAAGAUUACCCCGAUGGUGUGAAUGAAUUCAAUCAGGAUGAUAGCUAUAUGGCAGAUAACUCAAUCGAUGCUGAAAAAGUAAACGGUACGUCCGAUGUGAAUGGUUCGAUUUCGGAGAAGAAUGAAAACGAUGACGACGACAGUGAUGAUGAUGAAGAUGAUAUUGUGGUUACGAUUGGUGACAUUCAACCCGCAUCAAGUUUUAAUAUCAAACAACGCAGUGGGAACUUAUUGGUGCCAGCGUCAGUAACUGGUCAAGAUAAACCGAAAACAAAUUUGGGCAAAUUCAGCAUCGAGGAAUUUGAAAGCGUCGGUACGAUUAGUGGACAAUCGGCUGUAGAAUAUAACAUCGAAGCAAUUGAAGAUAAACCGUGGCGAAAACCCGGUGCAGACAUAACUGAUUACUUCAACUAUGGGUUCAAUGAAGAAACAUGGCGAGCGUAUUGCGAGAGACAGAAACGUAUGCGACACGAAAGUGGUGCCGGUCUGUCGGGAUUGGGUCCAAAUCCAACACAGAAUGCGCCCAUCAACAAUAAUCCAAAUCGCACGUUAACUUCGUUAACAUCAUCCGAAAAUAGUAAGUAUUCAGCACCAGGAUCAACAAACUCACACAGCGGACCACCAAACUUUGCAAAUCGUGGAUUCAACGCAACACCAGCGCCCGCAAAGGAGAACGUGAUUCAAGUCAUGACUGCCGAACGUCGUGAAUACAGUCGACCAAAAGGCAAAUUCGAUGUUAACAUGUCAUUGCCGCCACCACCACCAUUCAAUAUGGGUGGCAAUGAACCAUUCUAUCCGGAAGAUAACUUCAGCUAUGGCUAUGAACCGACACAAGAACAGCAAUGGACAAAUGAUAACGUUAGUGUUGGUGUAGGAUGGAUGCCCUCAGGUAUUAAAGAACUAACUCCAGGCCCUCAAAUGAUGCCACCACCGCAUAUGAACAUAAAUAUGCCACCACCAAACGCUAUGAUGCCUCCGAGUAUGAUGAAUGUGCCACCUCAAAUGGUUCCUCCGCCACAGCACAAUAUGAGUAUGGGAAUUGGACCACCGGGCAUGCCGCCAAUGAUGCCACCACCAGUUAUUAAUCCAUCAAUUCCACCGAAUCGUGGCAACGAUGAUCAUCGCAACAAUCAACAAAUGGAUAAAAGAAACGAUCCAGGCCCACCUCCUGGGUGGCGUACACGUGACACACGAGACAAAGAACGUGAUUAUCGCGAAAGAGAUCGAGGUGAGGAAGAAUCGGCAGCGGACCGAGAAAGACGCCGAGAGAGGGAAAGAUAUCGAUCGGAUAGGGAUCGUGGCUCAUCAAGAAGGGAACGAUCGCGCAGUCGAGAGCGGUCACGUAGACGUUCCAAGUCGAGAAGUCGUGAACGUGAGAGAAAGUCAAGAGACAAAAAGAAAUCUCACAAAAAAGACAAAGAUGACAGUGACUAGGUCAACAAUGAUUCAUCCUGACUUGCGAACAAGAGCAUUGUGAAGAUGAAGAGAGAAAAAGAAAAGAAGAGAAAUCGUACAUUUAACAAACAGAAAACAAAAUAAACAAAUUAAACGACAAA